AUGGCCGCUCUGGUCCAAACCAUUCCACAGCAAGCCGGCACGAUCACCUUGCUGCAGCCUCGCCCUGCUUCUUCUUCCUCCUCUGCAACCUUCAACUCCUCUGCCCAGCUCCACAACCAGCCUCAGAUGGCCCGGAACCAAAACCACGCCCGGUCUCAAAACGGGGGCUCUGGCUCUGGCUCAGGCUCAGGCUCGGGCUCUACUUCUGCCUCUACCUCUACCGGCUACCGACUCACCCAGCCAGUGGCCCCUUAUGCCUUCACUGCCACGCCCGGGUUGCCUGCAAACUCACAUCGACAGACCCAGACUCAGAGUCAGGCGCAAAACACAAACCAUAACUACCCCGGAACCAUCCCUCCACGUACACACUACGCUACUACUACCACGACUACGACUACUACUGCUGGCUCGGUAUCCAAUUCUUCCUCCUCUAAUUCCUCUCUUCAUUCAUACCCUUCCAAGGAUGACUCUUCCCUCUCCAAACGCCAGAACCCUUCCGAACUGAGUCUACGCCCUGUUUCGGCAAUCGACCUCUCUCCCGCUCCCCCUCAACCCUCAGUCUCGCCCUCACCGGCAAACAAGCCUUCUCCAGACAGAUAUCGCCGUGGCCAGCGCCGUGGGGACCAGACUGCCUCCCCCGCCGCAGCCGUCACUGGUGGUUCAGAGUCUGGCCCGGCUGGCAUGGCCACUGCCCAGACUGCCAAAUCUCUCACCCCGUCUAUAAUCGAUAUACCCAGCAGACCACACCAUGUUCGCGGAUCAAGUGCCGACGCGGCCGUAACUGAUGGCUCUAGUCAUUCGAGUACCGAGCUGGCAAAGCGUUACCGCCGUAGAAGCAUGGGUAGUGUCGAUCCUGCUGGGUUUCUCACCUUUUCCGACUCUCACCCAUCUCCACACGCAAAUGAGAUGGCUCUCUCUGAGUUUCCUCUCAGUGGCACUCCUCCUCCUCCAAACUCCAUGGCAAAGGCUGCUGAUGCCUCUUCUCUCAACUCCUCUUCUGGUUCAGUUAAAUCUGAAAAAGGAGCGGAAACCACCACAACUUCCCAACCGACCAACAUUACAAACACCAACAACACCAGCAACGCUAACAAUGUCAACAACAACAACAACAACAACAAUAAAAAAGCUACGAUGGCUCGUCCCUCUGACACGUCAAAGCGAUCGGGCACCCCUUCUCCUUUGUCGAAACCAGUUAAUAUUGAUGCUGAUGAGACCGUAACGCCUACCACGACCUCAAAAUCUACACCUGACACGAAAAAUCAGCCACCAAAGGUGGCAGAGACUCCCAGCCCGGCUGCAAAACGCCUCAUUGAAAUCUCAAAGAAAGGUCAAGGAAAGGGAGCAAAAUCACGGCUACGGCGUGCACUCUCCUUCAGCAGCGUUGCCGAGCUACGUGGUAUCUCGAACCCUGAACCGACUGUUAGCUCACCUCGCAAACAACAGCUUGAUGAAGAGCUGGGACCUGAGCAAGCUGCUAUUGCGGCCAAGCAGGAAGCCGGUGGGUUGGGCGAGAGUAUCUACUCUGGCCAGGGUAACAUCUUCACCGGCUCCACGGAUAACAUCUCCGUCUCCUCGACCGCCUCGUCCGCAUCCAUCAUGCUCCGCAAAAUGGGCAACGGCGUCAAACGGUCCACUCGUUCCUUGGUCGGCCUCUUCCGACCCAAAUCUGUCUACAACGCCCCCACAGACACGUCUCGGAUCGCCGCACCGGUCCCGCAGGUCUCUAUGGUAACAGUAGAGGCCCAGCGAGAUGUCGCCGGCAAGGGACCACCAGUACUGCCCGAGAUUGGUGCGGGUAACGGUGCGCCUAAGCAAGAGAUUGCAGAGCGUCGUCGGUCGGUCGAGUCAGAUGCCAGCACCGGUGCUGAUCGAAGUGGCAGGAAAAGCAUCUUUGGUGGCGACCAGGAACGUGCUGAAGUCCUGGCCGCAGUUAGAAAGGGCAUUCUGAAAAAAUCAGGCACCAACUCCUCAAACUCCUCUCCCGUCAUCCGCCCCACAACAGAUCUUGCUCCUGUCCCAACUCUCCAGCGUCCCGAAUCCCAGCGUUCUAGCAGCGCUCCAAGCAGCUCCGCAGGUGACCGUCCCCCACGAUCUGGUCACCGACGCACCGACUCCGUCACCAUCGAGGGAGAAGACUACUUCCUCCCCGGCGGCCGCUUCACCACCUCUGGUCAAAGCGCCCCUGGUACCCCACAAUCGACCGCCGGUCGAAAUAUUUCUUUUAGUCCUCGAAUUCAGUUCCACGAUACCUGGCCCAGCGGCGAGAAAUGGAAGUUCACGAAUCUUCCAAGGUCUACACCCACUUCUUUUAAUGAAACUUUCUUUGCAUAUUUGGCGGCGUUCCCUUCUCCAGGACGACGGUCAGGCGUUUCCAAAUCCAAAUCUGUAUCAAAUCUGUCCCUCGUUUUCACUCUCUCCAAAGCCAGUAUCCUCCCUCUCACCACACUACCAGCUGCCCCUUUGUUCUUCACAUUGAUCCUAACCUUACCUGAACUUGAUCCUGAACUUUUUCUUGAACUCAUACUUUUACCGUCUUUGUAA